AUGUCAUCUUCAUCUACAUCACCAACUCAACCAACAGCCAUAUCAGUCGAGAAUGAUAUCAACUUAUAUACCCAAAGCCUAAUACAAGAAUUGAAAACCAAAUCAUCCAGGGAGAUAACGAAAUACAAAAUCACCAAAAAUGAUUCUAUGAAAAAGUCAAUUGACAUAAUACUAAAUAAACUACCUACUAAUGCCAUUUUAUUCGAAGGUUUCACAAGAGAUAUUCAAAAAUUGAUAUCAAUAAUUGAAAUAGUAAAACAAAAAUCAAAAGAAUCAAAUAAAAAAUUACAUCAAUAUAAUAGAUUGUUUAAAUUUCAAACAACUUUUAAUCCAUAUAAGAAAUUAAAAUUUGAUAAAGAUGUAGAAGUUGUUGAUUUUUCAAACGAAAUAGAAGUAAAAGCAUCUAUCGAAACUGAUGGGAUAAAUGAAAAUUUAAGAAGAGAAGCCGAAUUAGAAGUUAAAGGUGAAAAAUUAUUUAAUUUACCGGUAUUGUAUAUUUUAUUAACUUUUGAUGAUGGGUUUAAAGAGUAUCUAGAUAAUAAUUGGACUAUACAACAGUAA